AUGCCGGUCUCUUUCUACGAUGAGAUCGAGCUUGAGGACAUGUCCUAUGACGACGAGAAGGACGUGUUUCACUAUCCUUGCCCCUGCGGCGACCGCUUCGAGAUCACGCGCCAACAGCUCAAGGACGCUGAAGACGUCGCUCGGUGCCCAAGUUGCUCGUUGAUCAUCCGAGUCGUGUUCGAUCCUAUCGAUUUCGAGGACGGCGAUGAAGACGAAGCGCCAGUGAACACGAUCGACGUGGCUAGCCAGGCUGUCGCUGCAGCUGCGUGA